ACCAUUUUGUUUGUGCACGUCUUCGGGGAAAAUGCAAACGCUCGUAAUUUUUUCGAUUCUUGUGGUGUAAAUGUUGUAAAAGUGGCUCCUCGAACGCAAUGGCAGGAACGCGCAGCUGCCGGUUGUGCGGCCACAGCACGGACGAUCUGGUGGAGAUCUACGGCGAGCAGGGCCUGGCGGCGGAUUACGCGAGAAAGAUCUGUCGCUAUCUCUACUUGCUGGUAACCCCGGACGAUGCCCUGCCGAAGGCGAUCUGCUGGAUGUGCUCCCAGCAGCUGGAUACCUUUCACCGCUUCCACGAGAAGAUCAACGAAAUCCAGCACCGCUUGCUGGGCGGGGAGGUUUACCCGCAGUACGUGAUUCAGGAUCACCACCGGCUGGGGGAGGAGGAGUUUCACAUUGUAGAGCACAUCGCGGAAGAAGAAGAAGAGGCGGAACCUGAACCGGAAGAGAUCGUUCCGAUUGUGGUGGAGCAGGAGGAUGAGGAACAGGAGGGUCAAACGGUGCCGAAGGAAGCGGAACUUGAAGAGAGGGAGGAAGAGGAGGAAACGAUGAUCGAGCUGAUACCUUCUAAUCAGCAGGAAGAUUCGUUUUUGAUGGUAAAGUCGGAGCCGGCGAAUGAGCAGAAGGAACAGUUGGGUGUACGGGAAGUGCAGGAAGUUGAAGAUACUCAAGUUCAGGUGUACGAGAUCCGGAAGAGUACUCGGAAGAAGACGUCAAAGCUUGAAGCAGAGGAAACUAGAGUCGGAAGCGAAGGAGAAGACGACGAGGAAAUUCAUCUGAAACAAAAGACUGUCAAAAAACGAAACACGCAGCAGAUCAAGCAGGAAGUGAACAAAUCAGCUAGAAGGAGUAGUCCCAGGAGGGCAAAACCAAAGCAGAGUACUGUGAAGAAGGAGUACGGUGAUGAGAGCGAAGGUGAAAGUGGGGAUGAGUUUCCGGCGCGGGAUUCCGACAACGAGGAAUGGCCAGCGGCGGAAACCAUGGAGAAGUUCCCGUCCAAGGUGCUAAACGAUGAUGGGCUGCUGAUCGUGAAGGGCAAGCGGUUGGAGGAGAUGAUCAAUAGAUUCUACAACUUGCAGUGCGACUUGUGUAAAGAAAAUCCAGCUCGCUUUAAGGUUCUUCCGGAUCUGUUACAGCACUACAAAACCCUACACAAGCAGGAAGGUUACGUGCUCUGUUGUCAGUCAAAGUUCACCCGGUAUCCAGCGAUCAUCAUGCACCUGGCACGACAUUUGCAACCGGAUGCCUUCAAGUGUGACCUGUGCGGGUACAUGGUCACCAGGCCCCGGUUCUUAGCGGCCCAUAGACAAACGCAUCUUCCCGAGGACCAAAAGCCGUACGCUUGCGAGCACUGUCCGAAGCGGUUUUGCUGGAAGCGUGCCCUGUUGGUGCAUUCGAACCAGCACAAAGCGCCGGGCGAGCGGAUGGUUUACGAGUGUGCCACCUGCGAAAAAACUUAUGACACCCCGGGCGGUCUGUCGGCGCACAAAAAGAACGUCCACAAAACGCCCAACGCGCCCAAAAUUUCGCACGUGUGCGAAAUCUGCGCCAACAGGUUCGCGACCAGCUCGGGACUCAAAGAGCACAUGACCACGAUCCACCAGCCUCGCGAGCAAGGCCAACUCCAGUGUUCCGUCUGCUCCAAAUGGCUCAUGAACGCUCGCUGCCUCAAGGUUCACAUGCAGCUGCACUCGGAAGUCGACCUCUUUUGUGAGCUGUGCCCAUACAAAACCAAGAAGCUUUCCCUGCUGAAGCGCCACUCGGUCACCCAACACUCGGAAGCGCGUCCAUCCUGUGAUCAUUGCGACUGCACCUUCAAGCACAAACGAGCGCUCACAAUCCACACAAAACUCAAACACACGGCGUCAUCCGCGGAACCGGUCGACAAAUCCCCCUUCAAGUGCAAUUUCUGCGAGCGCAAGUUUCGCAGUUCAACCAUUUACACCCACCGGAAGAACCACCAUCCGGAAGAGCUGGCCGCGAUGAAAGAGCAGCAGGAGGCGGAGCGAAAGCUGCAACGGAUCCGGGCCGGGGUGGAACCGGAUGAUGUGCCGGGCGCGCACGAAUCGACGAUGGUCACGACCAAUCCGGACGGGACGAGGAUCAUCACUAUUAGCAGUGGGGCGUUUGGGGAGCCGCAGUCGUUGAUCGUGCUGAAUAUUACCGACGGGGCGUUGUGCGCGGAGGGAGGAGGUGAGUGAGAGUGAGAUUUGGAGGUUAUUUGGUGUGUUUUAUGUGACAUGUCAGAAAUAAAAUUGUUUUUUUUU